AUGUUGCCGCCUGUCGCUCAACAAAACGGCUCCGGAGUGCAAGUCAUCGACUACCAGGCUGGCCCGUGGACACCCCGCGAGCUGUUCGACUUUGGUGUCGACGCCAACAUGGAGCUGAACGACAUGGACCUGAGCUUCCUCGACGCUUACAACAAUGCGAAUCCUUUCGACCUCCGCACCCCCAGCAUCGGCUUCCCCACUACCGGAUCCGACAUCAUGCCCACCUUUACAGCCGCUCCGAUGCCUCCUCUCGACACCGCGGCCCUCCCAAAAGCCUCUGUAUGGCGCUUCCGGCCAUUGUCAAAGGACUCUGGCUCUGCGGAACAAGAGAACCUGUCUCUACCAACCCCUACCAAGCUCGACAUGCCUCUUCAGCGGGUGACGAGCGAGCCUAUAGGGCAGACUGCGAGGGACCGGAUCCUUGCGAUGAUUCUUAGCACUUGCAAGCCCAACAGCAUCCCGCGAGCCGUCGAACGCUUUCCAUCGACCAGUCUACUAGACAGCUUGUUCCAAUUCUCGCUGACGUCGCCGGGGAGCCACGCGAAGCACUGGAUACAUGCGCCAACGCUGCUCGCCGGGCAGACUCGUCCCGAGGUGCUAGCAGCCAUCAUCGCGGCCGGUGCCGUACUCACCCCUGACAAUGCCAUCCGGAAAGUUGGAUACGCCAUCCAAGAGGCCAUCCGGACAGCAGUGCAGGUGCAAGUCGAGGACGACAAUUCCCUACUUCGCGAUAUUGAGGUCAUGCAAGCGUCGCUUCUGCAACUCAAAAUCGGCCUGUGGAGCGGCGACAGCCGCAAGAUGGAGCUUGCCGAGGGCUUCCAGGCAGUGCUCGUCACAAUGGCUCGCAGGGGCGGGAUCUUCAGACGCGGGACGUACUCGGCCAUCGUCCCGCACCCGAGCGACCAUGGCGAAGUCUUGCAGAGCAAGUGGCGAAAGUGGCUGAAGCAGGAGUCGCGCAAACGCUUCGCGCUACACCUAUUCCGCCAUGAUCUCGAGGCUUCAGUAUCUCUGUUGAGCAGCCCUCUGAUCUCGUACGCGGAGCUCUACCUACCUCUGCCGGAGUCGGAGCAGCUCUGGCUGUCCUCCACGGCGGAACAGUGGAAGGAGACGUACUACAAGCAGCAAAGCGAGCCACGCUACGACCGACAACCUUCACUCAUCGACUGCAUCCAGGACUUGGACAUUCUCGCCACCCAAGACCUCUGCGUGGAUCAGCGACAGGCGAGCAUGGCGGUGCUUGGGGCGGCGUGGCGGAUGAUCUGGGAAUACCGGCAGCUGGACUCGUCGAUGAAGGACAUCAACAAUCAGUGGUCGAACGGGAACCUACUCAUGAGCUCCCGACACGCCGAACUUACAAAGCUUCUGCAGUGUUUCCGGGUGAGUUCGGUGGAAGACGCCAAAGUUACGCUCAUCCUCGAGCUGCUGCUCAUGCAUCUGCACAUGUCGCUGGACGACGUGCAGCUGUUUGCGGGCGUGGAAGGCGAAGAGGAAGCGCGGCGGGUGUACCCAUCGUUGGUGCAGUGGACGAAGACCAGCACGGCGCGACAAGCGCUGUGGCACGCGGGACAGGUGGUGCGAGCGGCGCGCAAUCUGCGGCAAGGGCUGAUCUGCGACUUUGCCGCCAUCGCCGUCUACCAAGCCAGCCUGGCCUUCUGGUCGUACGGGAUCAUCACGCGCAUCACCGACCCGGCGCCGAGCUUCGAGAGCGGUGUCACGGCGUGGCUGGACGGCAGCGACGAUCACGGGGUACGGCGGUGGAUCAUCAACGGGCAGAGCAAUGCCGGCAUUCGCUCGCAGCAGGGGAAGGCGCAGACUGCGGAGACGGUGGCGCUGGUGAGCAAUCCCGAUGAGAGCGUGCAGUCGCUGGUGCUGGUGAUGCGGCGCAACCACAACGAGUCGCGCCUGCCGCCGUUGGUGGGGAAUUUGAUUAACAUCAUGGAGGGUUUGCGCAAGGCGGCGAGGACGUAG